UGAAAGUCUUUGCCUCCCCUGUGCGGUCCUUCCUCCCCAACAUGCCAGCUCCCUUCUAUCCUGACCACGGAGUCCUCCACCACCCCUUUUUCUCAGUCGCAGCUGCCUGGUCAGCACGACCUCUUGCGAGCUUUCUGAGCCCCAACUUUGCAGUAAGAUGGUGAAAAAUGGAAAUCCAGAAAGCUGAGAGUUUGGUUUGGGUUUUUUGUUUUUUUAGUGCAAUGAAUGGGGAAUAGUUCUUUGAGCACCCAUUUAUUCACAUCUUCUCUUCCUCUGGACUGCCUCCCUGCCCUCCCCUCCCCCCAAAUCUGGAUGCCUGUCUGCUGGAAAAGGCGCGAUUACCUCUCUUCCUCUUCUUCCCCAGUCCAGGCGCUAAGACCUAAUAUUCUUUUCAGCCACACACAUACCACACUAAGUCUUCUUGAUGUUCUUGCAUUCCUCCGUUCCUCUGGACAGUUCUUGCAAUAACCCCAUUUCUCAGACAAAGGCUUAGGAGGGAAAAAGAACCUAACUGUUUCCUGUGUUUGCCAUUUUAAUACUGUCCAUCCCCACAGACCCAAGCCCUUUCCCUGAUACUACUUUUGCCAGUGUCUUGAACCUUCAAAAUGGAAGGGAAAAAAAAAAAAUCUCCAGGGUAGCUUGAUAGAGUUUCUUUAUAAAUCUGCAUUGUUGCUUCUGGUUUAUGGCCAUGAAGAAAAUACCAGCCCCCACCCAAAAUGCACCGCAGCCAAGUCGGCUAAAGGCAAUGAGUGUUGGAGUCAGUAGGGGGCGCAUUCCCUGCACUGGGUAAGGCUGCAGAGGGGGGAAGGGCCCCAGAGCUAGAACAGGAUGUGCUUCACAGCGCCUUCUACAGACCAUGGGAAAAUGGACCCAGCAAGACUCUCUGACACUCUUAGUUGGUGAGCUGACAGCAACAUGGUGAAGGAUCAAGUGAGUCAAGAGCAGUGAUUUUAUUUCUUUUAAAGAAUCCACCCUGCACUUUGUAAGUUUUCUCUUUUGACUUUUUCAAAGUGUUGACCCUUAGACAAUCCACAUUUGUUCUUGACGAAUCACCUUGGCACAUCCUUGGUACACAGAUUCCCCCUUCUCUGGAAUUCUUCCGCCUUAAGCUUUGAAUGUGUCACCAUAUCUUUCCAAGGUCAGAUGGUAAAGGGAAAAGUUCAAAACCUGAGAGUAACAGGUUUGGGGGAGUAUUGUUGAUUUCAUUCCUUCUUCAUGGCCCCAUGUCUUUUCAACUCUUUGAGAGUUCAAAAUCCUUGAGGGAUGUUAGAUUUUAGUGGGGGAGUAAUUUUCAUAAGCAUGUAGAUGGGUGUCAUGAUUUGCAAAGCCUUGUUGGUAAACGUCAAGCCUAUGUUGAGUUCUACACUGUUAAACUCAACCAAGUUGACCUUAAAAUUUUCCUUCUUUGCAACUUUGGACUUGAAAUUGCCAUUCAUUCUCCCAGUAGCCAACCGCCUUUGCAAAAGUGUUGACACCAGUCUUCUGUGAGCACCCACCUGCUUAGGGUGUGUUGAUUUCUGUAGAUUUUACUCCUCUUGUUAUUUCCGUAGGUGUGAGAUGCACAAUGCGAAACCUAGGCCCCAGCUUUCGCACCAUGAUGCGCAGGGUUGUACUUUUUGUACUGAACUGAUAGGUGGCCUAGUGGUUAUGCCCUGUACUACCAUUUUGAGGAUCUGGACUCCGUUCCUGCCUUGCUCUUUGGACCACAUUGUCAAUUCACACCGGAAAACUUGCUGUGAGCUCUUAAAAAGCAUAAAUUCUGCAAUUUCAAAGGUUUCCUGCUUUUGGCGUUCAAAAAAAAAGAAACUAUGUUCCAACUUCCUGUCAACAAUCUUGGCAGUUUAAGAAAAGCCCGGAAAACUGUGAAAAAAAUACUUAGUGACAUUGGGUUGGAAUACUGUAAAGAACACAUAGAAGACUUUAAACAGUUUGAACCUAAUGACUUUUAUUUGAAAAACACUACAUGGGAGGAUGUAGGACUAUGGGACCCUUCGCUUACAAAAAACCAGGACUAUCGGACAAAACCUUUUUGCUGCAGCGCUUGCCCAUUUUCUUCAAAAUUUUUCUCUGCCUACAAAAGUCAUUUCCGGAAUGUCCAUAGUGAAGACUUUGAAAAUAGGAUUCUUCUUAAUUGCCCCUACUGUACGUUCAAUGCAGACAAAAAGACUUUGGAAACACACAUUAAAAUAUUUCAUGCUCCAAACGCCAGCGCACCAAGUAGCAGCCUCAGCACUUUCAAAGAUAAAAGCAAAAGUGAUGGCCUUAAACCUAAGCAGGCUGACAGUGUAGAGCAAGCUGUUUAUUACUGUAAGAAGUGCACUUACCGAGAUCCUCUUUAUGAAAUAGUUAGGAAGCACAUUUACAGGGAACAUUUUCAGCAUGUGGCAGCACCUUACAUAGCAAAGGCAGGAGAAAAAUCACUCAAUGGUGCAGUCCCCUUAGGCGCAAAUGCCCGGGAGGAAAGCAGUAUUCACUGUAAGCGCUGCCUUUUCAUGCCGAAGUCUUACGAAGCUCUGGUCCAGCACGUCAUCGAGGACCACGAGCGCAUAGGCUACCAGGUCACUGCCAUGAUCGGCCACACGAAUGUGGUGGUGCCCCGGUCCAAGCCCCUGAUGCUGAUUGCUCCCAAGCCUCAAGAGAAGAAGGGCAUGGGGCUCCAAUCGAGAAUUGGUUCCCUUGCUUCUGGAAACGUACGGUCUUUGCCAUCACAGCAGAUGGUGAACAGACUCUCAAUACCAAAGCCUAACUUAAAUUCCACAGGUGUCAACAUGAUGUCCAAUGUCCACCUACAGCAGAACAACUAUGGAGUCAAAUCUGUAGGCCAGGGUUAUGGCGUUGGUCAGUCAAUGAGACUGGGGCUGGGUGGCAAUGCACCGGUCUCCAUCCCUCAGCAGUCUCAGUCUGUGAAGCAGUUACUUCCAAGUGGAAAUGGAAGAUCUUACGGUCUUGGGUCAGAGCAGAGGACCCAGGCACCAGCAAGAUACUCACUGCAGUCUCCGAAUGCCCCACCUCUCUCUUCAGGCCAGUUAAAGUCUCCAUCCCUCUCCCAGUCACAGGCAUCCAGAGUAUUAGGUCAGUCCAGCUCCAAGCCAACUGCAGCUGCCACUGGCCCUCCACCACCCAAUACUUCCUCAACCCAGAAGUGGAAAAUAUGUACAAUCUGUAAUGAGCUUUUUCCUGAAAAUGUAUAUAGCGUGCACUUCGAAAAAGAACAUAAAGCUGAGAAAGUCCCAGCAGUAGCCAACUACAUUAUGAAAAUACACAAUUUCACUAGCAAAUGCCUUUACUGUAAUCGCUAUUUGCCCACAGACACUCUGCUCAACCAUAUGCUAAUUCAUGGUCUGUCGUGUCCGUAUUGCCGGUCAACCUUCAAUGACGUGGAAAAGAUGGCGGCUCACAUGCGGAUGGUUCACGUGGACGAAGAGAUGGGACCUAAAACAGAUUCCACUCUGAGUUUUGAUUUGACAUUGCAGCAGGGUAGUCACACUAACAUCCAUCUCCUUGUAACCACGUAUAACCUGAGGGAUGCUCCUGCUGAGUCUGUUGCUUACCAUGCCCAAAAUAACCCACCCAUCCCUCCAAAGCCACAGCCAAAAGUGCAGGAAAAGGCAGAUAUUCCUGUUAAAAGCUCACCUCAAGCUGCAGUGCCCUAUAAGAAAGAUGUUGGGAAAACCCUUUGCCCUCUUUGCUUUUCAAUCCUGAAAGGACCCAUAUCCGACGCACUUGCACAUCACUUACGAGAGCGGCACCAGGUGAUUCAGACAGUCCAUCCGGUGGAGAAGAAACUCACCUACAAGUGCAUCCACUGCCUCGGCGUGUACACCAGCAACAUGACCGCCUCGACCAUCACCCUGCACCUGGUCCACUGCAGGGGCGUGGGCAAGGCCCAGAACGGCCAGGACAAGACAAAUGCACCUUCGCGGCUGAACCAGUCCCCCGGCCUGGCACCUGUGAAGCGCACUUACGAGCAAAUGGAGUUCCCCUUGCUGAAGAAGCGAAAGUUAGAUGAAGACAGCGAUUCACCCGGCUUCUUUGAAGAGAAGCCUGAGGAGCCUGUUGUUUUAGCUUUAGACCCCAAGGGUCAUGAAGAUGAUUCCUAUGAAGCCAGGAAAAGCUUCCUAACAAAAUAUUUCAACAAACAACCUUAUCCCACCAGGAGAGAAAUUGAGAAGCUGGCGGCAAGCUUAUGGUUGUGGAAGAGUGACAUUGCUUCCCAUUUUAGUAACAAGAGGAAGAAGUGUGUCAGAGACUGUGAAAAGUACAAGCCUGGUGUAUUACUGGGCUUCAACAUGAAAGAGUUGAACAAAGUUAAGCAUGAGAUGGAUUUUGAUGCUGAGUGGCUAUUUGAAAAUCAUGAUGAGAAGGAUUCCAGAGUCAAUGCUAGUAAAACAGCAGACAAAAAGCUCAAUCUUGGGAAGGAAGAUGACAGUUCCUCAGACAGUUUUGAAAAUUUGGAGGAAGAAUCCAAUGGGAGUGAUAGCCCUUUUGACCCUGUUUUUGAAGUUGAGCCUAAAAUCCCUAAUGAUAACCCAGAGGAACACAUACCGAAGGUAAUUUCUGAAGAUGCUUUAGAAACUGAGAAGCUAGACCAAAAAGAGGAGGAUGGUUCAAAAUAUGAAACUAUUCAUUUGACUGAGGAGCCAACCAAACUAAUGCAUGAUGCCUCUGAUAGUGAGGUUGACCAAGAUGAUGUUGUUGAGUGGAAAGAUGGUGCUUCUCCAUCUGAGAGCGGCCCCGGUUCCCAACAGGUGUCAGACUUUGAGGACAACACGUGUGAGAUGAAAACAGGAACCUGGUCCGAUGAGUCUUCCCAGAGUGAAGACGCGAGGAGCAGUAAGCCAGCUGCCAAAAAAAAGGCUUCCGUGCAAGGUGACAGAGAGCAGUUGAAGUGGAAGAAUAGUUCCUAUGGAAAAGUUGAAGGGUUUUGGUCCAAGGACCAGUCACAGUGGAAGAAUGCAACUGAAAAUGAUGAGCGCUUAUCCAACCCACAGAUUGAGUGGCAGAACAGCACAAUUGACAGUGAGGAUGGGGAGCAGUUUGACAACAUGACUGAUGGGGUGGCUGACCCGAUGCACGGCAGCUUGACGGGGGUUAAACUGAGCAGCCAGCAGGCUUAAGGGCCGGCUUCUCUGGCAUUGGUGGCAAAUGCUGCAGCCUGGAACUCUGUUCUGUCAGUUAUGACUGCAAAGCUGUGUUCUAACUGGUACUGCCUUCUGAGUGUGGGGUCAUCAGGCGGUGGGGACAUGUGGCCACUCCAGUCCCAGUGGCUAUUUCUAAGUCUGUGACACAUGAUCGGCUGGUCUUGCUUUAGAACGCUCUGUGACAGACACAGUAACUAAAUGUGAAAAACCAAUAAGCUGGUGGCUCAUGAACGCACACGAGAAAAAGCAGAGGUUUGUCUUACCUGCCUUCUCAACAUUUCUUUCCCUCUGUAAAGCAGUGUCUGGUUGGAUGUCCUUGAGAAGCGUUCUCCUGAUUAAAAUGGUAGUGUAGGGCCAGCACACAAGCUGCCAGUCCAAUGUGUACAGUGGACUUUGGGGAAAUCAAUUUUUUUCAUGUAUUCAUUCUGAAUAGUUGAAAUGUAUAUUUGUACAGUCUUUUAGACCUAUUCAAGUGAUGCUUACGAUAUUGUUAUUGUGUAGCCAUCAUAGAUGCGUUUCUUUUUUUAGUGUUGCCCUUGCUGUGUAAUAAGCGCUGUAUCUAGUUGACCUAGCAAAAGCCUGAAACUGCGCUAGUGUGGACUUCGGGACAGACUUAGUUUUUGCACAUAACCUUGUACAAUCUCGCGACAGAGGCCAGCCACAUAAGAUAUAUAUCUGGACUCUUCUUGUAUUAUAGAAUUUUUCUUGUUCUGAAUAUCCUUGACAUUACAGCUGACAAAAACAAAAACUGGUAUUUCAGAUGUUUUCUGAAAUCUUUUAAGCUAAAAAUCACAUGCAAGAAUUGACUUUGCAGCUACUAAUUUUGACACCUUUUAGAUCUGUAUGAAAGUGUGUUGUGUUGAAGCAGCAGGCCAAUGAGUGCUGCGUUUUGGAUAUUUAGUUUUUAUCUUUAGUUAAACACCACCCUGGUGUAUUCAUUUAUACCAUCUAAUAUAUGACACACUGUUGUAGUAUGUAUAAUUUUGUGAUCUUUAUUUCCCUUUGUAUUCAUUUUAAGCAUCUAAAUAAAUUGCUGUAUUGUGCUUAAUGUAAAUACUUACUUGCUUUAUUACGCCUUCCAGUCCUGUGUGUCCAUUACAUCUUGUACCCGUUGAUGCCGUGGCUUCCUCAGCAGAGAUGGCGGCACGGCCACUGAGGAGACUUGUGGAAGACCAAGGAUGGCAUCAAGAAGGCUUUCUCUCAAGGCUCUUGUUACAAAUUCUUUGAUUCGGUUUGGCCUUUGUCUGUUACCUUUUUAAUCACUAAAAUAAACAUCCUUGAAUUUUUUCAGUUCCCCUGUUGUUAAGGAUCAGAACCUGCUUGGAUAUGUAAAUGUCUCAGUUAUAAAGGAUGUAAAGAUAAAUAAGCAUUGAUUUGCAAGCAGAAUCUUAAUACCCUGGUGUUCUUUCUUCUAAGUGAAGUCCAUAUUAGUUUUCACCUUAUAAUGGGAACAGUUGUACUAACCAGGCAACUACUGUGCUUUUAUUUUAACUCUGGACCAUCUUGCUACUAUUAAGAGAGGCUCUGGAGAGCACAUGUCCUGGGGCUCUCGAGACGCAGGAGCCGGUAGGGUGCGAGUGACCCCGCACCAAAGGGCAGGGAGGAGGUGGCAGAGGUGGCCCCAGGGUGUUUGGAGGUGUGGCGGGAUGGGUGCUCUUAGUCAAUGCGGAGGCUGGUCAGUCACCUUUCAGGGACAUUGGCCUAAGGAGUUCUGAAGUGGGCUAGUUUCCAUGAUUUCUAAGACUCCAGAAAGUUGAGCUUAACGCUUUUGUUACCUGAGGGCAAAAGUUUGACCAGCCUCCCCCUAAAAUGUAAAGUCGUGCCUCAGAACAAUACAGGAGAAAGCACAAGAAUGGACUAGAACCUUCAGGGUGUUCGGGGCUGACACGGAGCUUUUUUUUUUUUUUUUUUUUUUUUUUGGAGCUAUUUUAAAUCUGUCGCACAGAUAGAUUAUAGAUUCUGUGGACAUCCAAGAUGCUACAGAUUACCUAAUCAGAAAAGGUGGCAUUGAGAACAUGUCUUACCUGAGGAUAGUAAUACCAGCUGCAUUUAAGCCAUCUCACAUUUGCUUUGAAAUUACUCUGCCUAAUACGAAGAAUUUAGCCUGGUCUUGUGAGUCCUACGUGAAGUACUAGUGAGACUCGUGCAGUGUAGGAGGUGAGGGUGGGGAGGUGCGCUCUGGGCUGGACAUUUGAGCAGAGAGAGAUGAGUACGCUUCCUUGCUACGGUGGUGUGAGUGGGCCUUGUCAGCAUGGGGAAGAGUUUAGCCACCUAAGGACUGGAAAUAAAGAUUCCCCAGUAAGAACUGUUGGAGAAGUCCUGAAAGUGUCUCAAUAAAAGCCAUUUUAAAACAA